AUGGCACGGGUGGUGAAGCCCAGGAAGAAGAUGCAGGAGUGGGUUCUGACCGGGUUGUCUGAGACGACCGAUGUGCAGGGGCAGUUGGGGGGCGAGGUGCUCACCAGCAGGGACAAGCGGAAGCUGCGCUCGCUACGGAGCCAGGCACGAAGGGAGGGCCGCAACCCAGAGCUGGUGAGGCUGCCAGAAAGGAAGGCAAAGCUGCUCAGCGAGCCGGAUGCCAUCCUGCUGGGCGGCACCCUGCCAACCAUGGCGCUUCCGCCGCCUGCAUCCAUGGAUGGGGUGGCGCUGGGUCGGGCUGCCCUGGCGGCUGCGCGUCAAGGCGAAGGCGCGCAGGGCCUGCUGCCGGCCCUGGCCACGCGGGCCAGGGAGCUGCUGCCGCAGCUGGGCCCCGCGGACAUGGCGCGGCUGCUGCGGGGCAUGGCCCGGGCGCGAUACGAAGAUGGGGCGCUGUCAGCGCUGCUGCUGCAGCAAGCUACCAUGCGCUUGGCUUACUUUGAUGCCCAGCAUUUGGUGAUGCUGCUCUCCAGCUUGGUGCACUCAGAGUUGAGAGACGAGUUGGCGCCAGUGGCAGAGGAGCUGCGGCAGCGGGCGGCGGAGCUGCGGGGCGCCACCAGCCUGGCGGCGGCGGCCGCCGCCGCCGCGCGCCUGCCGGAGCCAGGGCCGCUCUUGGAGGCCUUAGCGCCUCAGCUGGAGGCCCGGCUGAGCGCAGACCGGCUCCACGCACGGGACCUGGCGCAGGUCUGUGGAGCCUACUGUCACGCCCGCUUUCUCCACUCAGAGCACAUGUCCCACAUCGUGGCGGCGGCGCGGUUCACUCUGCGGGAGGCGACGCCUUUGGAGCUGACGCGCCUGGUGACUGCGGCCAUGGGCGCAGAAGCCACGGGCUGCGGGGUCUUCAUCAAAGAGGCGGCCCUGCUGGCCAGCGAGCAAGCCAACUUCAUGGUGCCGCGGGAGCUCCGCAUUGCCGCAUCGACCUUCGGUCCCGGGGUGGCUGGCUUCGUGGCCACGGCGCGGGAGGAGUGCUUGGAAGCCUCCGUGGCGUCGGCUGAGUUGCUGCAUGUCCUGGCCCGUGUUGCGCUGCGAGCACCCAGCCUGACGGCCGCAGAGUCAGCCGCGCUGCUGGAGGGCUGUGCCAGUUGGCGGCUUCCUUUGCCUGGCACCAUCUUGGCAGCUCUGGUCCCGGAACCGGGGAGCUUGGGCAGCUCGGCCAAAGCGUUGAGGGCCCUGGCAGAGCUCUUGCCGGUAGCCCUGGACACCCCACCAGCGGUGGCAGAGCCGCAGGGGCCCGUGGUGGCCGUGAGACACCGCGAGGCUGCCAGCGCGGCGGAACAGAAGGCUGGAUUUGGGCUGAGGUGCUUGGUGGGGGUCCAGUGGCGAGAUUGA